AUGUGGGAGUGUGUCAGGAGAGCUGUGCUGCACUCCCUGUCCACGGUCCUCCUGCGCCUCUGGAAGUGGCUGAGGGCUUUCUGGUACAAAAAUGGCCUCCUGACCCUCUCGAUGCUGUCGGUCGCCACCGGGUGCCUCCUGGGGUUCCUGCUGCGGACGCUGGAGCUGACGGACCUGGAGAAGCAGUAUUUUUCCUUUCCUGGAGAGCUUCUCAUGAGGAUGCUGAAGAUGCUGAUCCUGCCCUUGAUCACCUCCAGCCUCAUGUCCGGUUUGGCCACCAUGGACUCCAAGGCCUGUGGGAAGAUGGGGGUGAUCACCAUCACCUACUACCUUUGGACAACCUUCCUGGCAGUGACUGUGGGGAUCAUCCUCGUGGUCAGCAUCCACCCUGGGGCAGCUGCCCAGAAGGACAAUGACACUGUGGGGAAGGUGGUGCUGAGCUCCGCUGACGCGCUGCUGGAUUUGAUCAGAAACAUGUUUCCUUCUAACCUGGUUGAAGCUUCAUUCCAGCAGUAUCGAACCGUUCUUGUCCCGGUGGUGAAGUCUCCCGGCUCCCCAGAGGUCCCAGGGAAACCUGUCAACUUUAUUUACUUCGCACCCGACGACCAAAACCCCGAAAUCCACCGGCCCGUGUUCCUGGAGCUGACACCAUCCCCCGAGAUGACCUACAGGACCCUGGCUGGGACCAGCAACGAGAUGAACGUCCUGGGGAUCGUCAUCUUCUCAGCAACAAUAGGACUCCUCCUGGGGAAAAUGGGCGAGCGAGGAGCCCCCCUGGUUAACGUGUGCCAGUGCCUGAACGAAGCAGUUAUGAAAAUUGUCUCGAUGGCCGUUUGGUACUUCCCCUUUGGCAUUGUGUUUCUCAUUGCUGGAAAGAUCCUGGAGAUGGAAGAUCCAUCAGUUAUAGGACAGAAGCUGGGACUGUAUGUCAUUACAGUGGUGUCAGGGCUUGCCGUGCACGGACUCGUCAUUUUACCUCUGCUUUUUGUGCUCAUAACUAAGAAAAACCCCUUUGCUUUCAUUCAGGGGAUCCUGCAAGCCUUGCUGAUCGCCUUAGCUACAUCCUCCAGCUCAGCCACCCUGCCCAUCACCCUCAAGUGUCUCCUGGAGAACAACGGCAUCGACAGGCGCGUGGCGCGGUUCGUGCUCCCCGUCGGUGCCACCAUCAACAUGGACGGCACCGCCCUCUACGAGGCCGUGGCUGCCAUCUUCAUCGCCCAGGUCAACGAGUAUGAACUGGAUCUGGGACAAAUUAUAACCAUAAGCAUCACGGCCUCGGCCGCCAGCAUCGGCGCCGCCGGCAUCCCGCAGUCCGGGCUCGUCACCAUGGUCAUCGUGCUCACCUCGGUGGGGCUCCCGACCGAGGACAUCACCCUCAUCAUCGCCGUCGACUGGGCUCUGGACCGGCUGCGGACGAUGACCAACGUCCUGGGGGACGCCCUGGCCGCCGGGAUCAUCGCGCACGUCUGCGAGAAGGACUUUGCCCCAAAGCCCCCCCCGCAGAAGCCAGUGAACAACAUAGACAAGCUUCCCUCCACAGAGACCUCACACCCGCAUCCCAAAGGCAACGUGAUUGAAAUGAUGGAAGAAACCCUGGUGGAUCCGACAGGAGUUCACUACAGCAUCUGCCAGGUGUAGCUGACGGCGUUCCUGCUCCCAGGAAUGCAUCUUGGUGCUAAACACUGACAUUGUGAGUGUCGUACGUGGAUGCUCUGCAAGAUAAAGGCCUUACUUGGCACAAAAAGUGGGAAAAUCCUCUCUAUCCUUCGAAGACUCUGGGACUCUCUGGCAGGCACCCAAGGGGCAGGGAACCAGAUCCUCCCUGCGCCUGAGGACACAGCUGGCAGCUCGCCAGCCUGUCUGAAACGGAUGGGUUUGAAGGUUUAAUAACUCCCAUUUUCCCAGUUCAGCUGUUUU